AUGGAAAAUACAACCACCAUCCCCAUCAGCUUUCAGAAGACUCGAUAUGAGACUUUGAUACUCGCUCCCCUUAUUUUUGCGACCCCGUCUGAGUGCUGGACGGAGAUGAUUCUCAUAUGGGUUACUGCAGGGAGAAUGAAAUCUAAGGGGGGGUUACACUGGGCCCUUCCCCAAGACCAGUUGGAAACUUCGUUGGUAUUGCCGGCUCGGGGUUCUACCACGAAGGCGGAGGUUGCCAUCCAGCACUGA